AUGUUCUUGACCCAAGCACUACUUAAGAUAUCACUUAAACUGCCACAACAUUUAAACAAACUAAUUGUCAACGAUUCAAUCCCCUUUGACACCGUUAGGGUGUUGAAAGAUCGCAAGUUCCUAGGGGACUUUACGCUCAAUGAAGCCAUUGACAGGGCUAAAUCGCAUAAUCAAUCACUAAUUCUAUUUAAGCCCAAGGCUAAUCCACCAAUAUGCGUCAUAGAUACAUUGGAAACGUUCAGCAGUGUCUACACUAGAGAUAAGGGUGACAAUGAAAAUGCCUUGGAUUUUAUGUUCGACCCAUGUCUAAAACUCAAACAAGUGCACAUAUCUAAUAUGUGUUCAGACACAGAUUUUGAACGAAAGAUCAACCAGGCCCGCAAUUUUCUAAUCAAUGGUUAUAGAGUUGAAAUUGCCCUGGUUACUAAGGGCGGUCCCAGCUCCAUUAAGAAAACUACUAAGGUCGAGACUAGGGACUUAUAUCCCACUAAAAUUCACACAGAUUCGGAAAGGAAUAUUGUUAAAAAUGCGGGUAAAUUGGCUGGCGCAGCUAAGGAUAAAUCUAUGAAUUUGGCAUAUAGCACAGAAAAUCCAUUGGUACUAAGGCUAGAUAAAAUAUAUUCACUGUUGCACAAUGCUGGUAAGCCUUUCACCGUGAAAAGUAAGCUGGCUUCUUCUGUAGCAAAUCAACGCCUAAUCGUUGUAAAAUUCUUCCCUAUCGCAAAAUCUAACGGUGCAAAAGAUUUCAAUGAUGAUUGUAAGUAA